UACGUUGUAGCUGACUGACUGACUAUAAAGAAAGUGAGAUGUGGUUUUAUGUAGAAUUUAGGCUGAAAUAACAGAAUUUAAAGUUUAGUGAUAAUAAGUAAUUGACUAACAGCUAUAGAAUUAUGUUUAAUAUGUGUCGUCAAUCAAUAAACUUUGCUUACUACUGACAAUGGUGGUACUUUUAUGUUUACUGUCACAUGACCUGUUCGUGAAGAAAACAUUGUGGAUUCAGAUGCAAUCUUUGAUUCAGUGGUUUUUUGCCUUAUCCUGUCUCCCAGUUCAGAUUCUUGCAUGACUACUAUCGUUUUUCUCUCAUAUCAUCAUUUUUAAUUAAAUUAAAUUGUUCGUAACCCAGUUCAAUUAAAUGAAUCUUUAUAAUUCUGGAAAGCUGUAUUAAAUGUGAUAACAAUCAUGUUUUUUUAAAAAAAAGAUUGAAAAUACACUAAACGCAGCUAUAUGUUUUUAUGUUACAUAAAGAAUUAAAACCAAACUAUCUUACAUGUUUAAUACAACUGAUUAAAUAAUUAAAUCGAACGGACUUUGAAAUAUGUACAUAUUGAAUCUACCUUUAUUGAAUAUAAGUUUCGUUUUAUUCUUUUAAUAAGUCAUCUACGUUUGUGAGUACAUGAAACUCUGGUUUCUCUCAAUCACUUGUUGAAAAAAAUGUGGAUAAAGCUAAAAAAAUAUAAGAGAAUUCAAAUGAUUUUAUUUUUCAAGUAUUUAAAGAAGAGUAUCAUUGUCAAUACAACAAACAUAGUAUGCUUAGAAGUUAGUUCUUUUUCGUUGGAAUAAAUUUUAAAAAAACAUGAGCUAGUAUUACUACUAGAAAGACACUAAAAUGCUAUUAGUCAUAAUUCUGAUUGUUAUACAGCGUUACGUAAAAUAAAAUUGGCUUAAAAUAACUAAUCUACUUAUAGUAGUAAAUAAACAAAAAAGAAAUCACACAAGUCUUAAAGAUCAAGUAUAUCUUUUCAUCAAAAUAGGUUAAUAUUCUCCAUAAUUUUCAACAAUACUGAAGUGAUAGAGUAGGGUGGCUAUGUUAACUGAUGAUAAACAAGUGAUCAUAUGUGUGUGAAUAGUUGAGCGAUUCUAAAUUAGUGCGAGAUUCAUAUACAGCGUUACCUACUUUUUAAUGAUUACGAUGAUUAAAAUGAGACACUUAUUUGCAACUUUUUAAUUCAUAUUCAAAGAACCACCGUAGAAAACCUGUAAGCACUGGACGGUCGUUCUGUUCUAGUAUGGGACUUCUUAGCAGUGCGCAUCCGCGAUAACACACACGGGAAUCAAGCCUAAGGCCUUCCGUCUCGCGCGCGGACGCCAGUGGAAUGCAGUCCGUGUCGGGUGGAGACAGUUAUCCAUUUCAGACAAUAGAUGAACGGUUGCGCGAGAUCAUGGACCGAUUGAAGUUAGAGGUUGACACCAUUGGAUGUUGGCUCAGUGGUUUAUAGGUUGAGUGUUUACACGGGAGACCGAAGAUACUGGACUUGAGUCCCAUGUGCGUGUGCACUGCUAAGGAGUCCCAUACUAGAACGAAACGGCCAUCCAAUACUUCCAGGUUUCCCAUAGUAGACUAACUUUAAUCAAUUCAUAAAUUCAUCUACUGAAGUUUUUUAACAUUAGGAUAAUUCAGGAGCAUAUAAAAGUAUAUUCAACUUUCUUUGAUUUCGACAUUUACACAAGCUACAUCAGUAUUGUUAAACGAAGAAAGAAAGUGAGUAAGUAAUUUUUGGUUCUCAGCAACUGAGUCAGCGACAAGUGCUGUUCAGGACAAUUUAAUGAUCACUCUACCUUCAUUUGCCUGUCGAUGUACAAUGGUAUACUUCAGGUUGAAAAAUUAGGAUUUCCUGAUGUAUUUAAUAGUUUAAGAUGAUACAUAACAUCGCAUCAAGUUGAAAUUAACUCGGUCAGUAAUGGAUUUUGAAACCAAACCAAAUAUGAAUGAGAAUCAGCAGCCUCAAUCGGUACAAUCAUCAUCGUCACCGAAUGUAGAUAAUUCAUCCUUAGACCAUCCAAACUCUCACCCAACUGUAAAUCAUGUUAUUCAUGAAGAAAAUGGGAAUGAUGAUGAAGGGAGAUAUACUCAUGAUGAAAUCCAUCUAAAUAAUCAUCACAAUCAUAGUAAUCCGUUGACCGCUGGUAGUAAAGUUUGUGGAGCUGCAUUUAAUACCAUGCCAAUUUAUGAUCCACAAGGCAGCUUAGUUGGUCUACAAGCAUCAACAGAUAGAAAUUUGUUGGAAGAUUUCGAUAACGAAGGAAGAAAUGAACCUCUUGGGUAUAGUACAUAUUUAGAAUCUGGUUUUCACCAUCAUCAUCUUCAUAAUCAGUAUAAUUUGGCUCUUCAACAAAAUGCAAAUAUGGUUCCAGGUGAAUAUAAUUUACCAUAUGGAGCAUAUGCUUUUAAAUCUCAAAAUCGUCAUUUGUUUACACCGCUACCAUGUCAACAGCAACAACAACAACAACAACAAUAUCACCAACCAAAUUAUUCUUUUCUCCAUAACUAUCAACAAGCACAAUACCAGCAACCACAGAAUCAUCAACAAACCCAUUACGUUCACCAGUAUCAACCUCAAGCAGCUAAGACACUUCUAGUUAGGUCUGCUUCAGGCAUCAUUGGCAUAGAUCAAAAUAACCAUAAUAAUCCUGAUGCGUUUAGACCAUUAUCUGAUGAAACAUUUGACAAAUGUCCUAUAGUUUGUAGUCUAUUCGCCAUAUUGUGUUGUCCAAUUACCAUAUGGUGUUCAUUACCAGCGUUAGUUUAUUCGCUAUGUGCCUAUAGUGAUUAUCGUGCCUCAGAUAUUAUUCAGUAUAGACACGCAAGCUGCUACAGAAUCUUUGAAAUGGCGUACAGAGAAGUUCUCCAUUCUUCUUCUGAAGAUGAAUCUAGCAGCAAUGACGACAUUUGUUGGAAACGAAGAAAAUCAGAUAUUCGAGCCUCACCAAUGAAAGAGGAUUUCAGUGUAAAUAUCCCAAAGAAACCAUAUAGAAAAAAUCGCAACUGUGUUUGGGUAAAUGUUAUUAACGAAUACAAAUUGGAUGAUGCUUUGUCAGUAGCUCAUGUUCAUGAAAAAUGUGACUCUAGCAGGGGUGUUGAAAGCUAUUUGGUUAAUACAGAUACUGAUGAUGAACGGAAGACUAUUGAAGUAUGCACGCAACCAGAGUUGUCUACUAGAAUAUUAAAAAAAUCAGAUCUCUCUAUCAAGCAACGGCUUGGACCACUUCUAUGGGACCAGGAAGUAUCUAGAUCACAUAUUGAUGUUACUUUCGACAGUCCACCCGAUCUUGUCGCUGAAACUAUCACUAAUCUACUAAAGGAACCAAACGAAGAUUUAAUAAAGCGAACUGUUGAUAUUUUGGGUGUUCAGCGAGCUCUCGAAUUUUACUACCUUACGGAAGAUAUCGAGAACAAUGGUGGUCUCUACUUAAUGGAUGGAUCUCGAAGACGAUCACCUGGUGGUGUUUAUCUUAAUCUAAUCAAACAUUCCUAUUCAGUAAAGAAAGAAGAAAAGAAGUUGAUCUUUCUGAUUGAUAGACAAAUGAAGGAUAAGUUGAAAAGAGCUCGCAGGAAUUCUCGUCGUGUAAGAAAAUAUGAACAAUCAGACAUUGUAUACGAACUUCCAAGCAAUCCAGCGAAAUCAGUCGAGUCCGAUUGUCCUUCCCCUUUAGAUAUUCACAGUUCUCAAGAACCAGUUAUUUUGGAAGGUGAAAUUUCACAACCUGCUUCUCCUGUAAUUACAAUGGAUACAACGUGUGCAAGUCCGUGUGAAAAAUCACCCGAAGAUAAUGAAAGUAUGGAAGAAGGUGAAUUGCCUCCUAGUGAUGACGAUAUCUAA